GUCUCCAAUCUCUUUCUCCACUCAUCGUUAGUUGUUCUUGGAGGGUGCCUGGAUCCAGCAGCUGCUCUCGUCUUCUCGCCUUCAGUCUUCCCUCAUCAAGAGAUCUCGAAAUGGAAUCUUGUCCAUCCAUCAAAAAUAUCCUUCUUCUUGAUUCUGAGGGAAAACGAGUAGCUGUCAAGUAUUAUACAGAUGAAUGGCCUACGCUUGCUGCUAAAUUAGCUUUUGAGAAAUCUGUAUUCACCAAGACACUGAAAACAAAUUCCCGGACUGAAGCUGAGAUAACAAUUCUUGAUGGAUACAUUGUCAUCUAUAAAGUGAUUCAGGAUCUUCACUUUUUUGUUACCGGAGGAGAUGAUGAGAAUGAACUCAUUAUAGCAACGGUACUCCAGGGAUUCUUUGAUGCAGUUGGCCUUCUUCUCAGGAACAACGUUGAUAAAAUGUCUGCGCUUGAAAACUUGGAUCUGAUCCUUCUUUGCCUUGAUGAAAUUGUUGAUGGAGGGAUCAUACUGGAAACUGAAGCGAGUGUUAUUGCUUCAAAGGUAACAGCAAAUAGCCUUGAUGGAUCCACUUCCUUGUCCGAGCAGACUAUAUCUCAAGCCCUGGCGACUGCUCGUGAGCACUUAGCAAGAUCUCUUCUCAGUUAAUCUCUUUCAGGGAUAAUCAUUAUUCUUUGGCCAAGAAAUACUGGACCCGAUUAUUAUGAGUUGGGCGUCUUUCAUUUUAAAUCCAGAUGAAACUUUGGUCGUUGAGGGGUAAUUAGUUUCUACGUAUCGAAGAAAAGUAUUGGGGACCUAAGUAUUGUUUGAAUUCAGCACUGGCUUAUCCUGAUGACAUUUAGAAAACUGAAAUGGUUUUUUUUUUUUUUUUGUUAAGAUGUCUUGUUAUUUGAAUUGAGUUGCAAAGGAGAAAUGUUUUAAGAGAAAAAUAACUGUUGAAAAUUGGUUGUUGAUAAAUUGUUACCUUCAGAAAUAUUUGAAGAGAAAUGUGUUAUCCUUGGCUAUUCA